AUGGCCGCCUUUCGCCCCGUCAAUCCUGCCCUCUCUCCCGAUUCCUCCUUUGCCCGUCCCAGCGAAGAGGCACGCCCUGCGACUCCGCGCCCGAGUACGGCUCCUCAGCCACAGCCGACUCAUCGGACAGAUGAUCCAACCACUCCCACCAGGGCCAACUUUGGCGCCUUAGCAAACCAGAGGCCGCUCCCGGCACAACCCUUUUCUGCGGCCGUGUCCGUGGCAGAGAAUGCUCAGGCGGAGAAGGAUCCGGCCCACCGUGGCGAAUCUCAGAAUACGGCAAAGUCUCGGGACGGCGAGGAUGUUGAUAUGGAUGGGUCCGAUGAUGGCGAGGAGGGAUCCGACGAGGAGAGCGUCAACGCAGAUGGCACACGAUCAAAGAAGAAGAAGUCUCAGAGAUUUUACUGCACCGACUACCCACCUUGCAAUCUGAGCUUCACCCGGAGUGAGCAUUUGGCAAGGCACAUCCGAAAACACACCGGCGAACGCCCAUUCCAGUGCCAUUGUUCACGCCGAUUCUCGCGACUUGAUAAUCUACGGCAGCAUGCCCAGACCGUUCACGUCAACGAAGAAAUACCUACAGACUCAUUGGCGGCUACAGGCACAAGAUUUCAAAGACAAGUUCGGACUGAUAGGGUCCGACCACCUGGCAGUCGAUCGAGAGCGGCGACAGCAGGGAGCCAGUCGGGCCCGAUGCGUGGUCAUCACCGAAACUCCCUCUCGGCAUCCAGUAUCAGCUCCAUCACCUCGGCCUACAGCGUGAGGGAGGAUGCCCGAAGACGUCCACCGCCGUUGGUCAUGGCCGGGGGGAACCCACGAAUGUCAGGCGAGAUCAUGUACCGCCCUGAGAGCCCCAACUCCUAUCAAUACCGCCCUCAUUCUCCGGGAGGCUUCAGCACCCCGACCUCUUCUACGUUCUCCACGGGCCAAAACAGUCCGCGAUGGAGUUCGGGGAUACAAUCGCCAGCUUCGUCCCAUUCUCGAACGCAUAGCUUAUAUACCGAACAUCGGACCCCUGGACGGCGGUUAUCAGUCCCGUCGGCCGGGAAUCCCUUCCAAUCUCCACACAGCGGCUCGUACGGCCAACCCCCGGUCGGCAGUAUAAACUCUUCAAAUGUGGGGACCUUCCCACCGACGGGUAUGCUCGCGAGCCCUCCUAGCUCAUCAAGUGGAUCGACCUGGUCGAGACGAGAAUCUGGAGCGUCUGCUGCAGAUGAAGCCUGGAGACGAAGAACAUGGGCUCACCCGGAAUACUACUCGUCCAACUUUACAAGCAGGCUCCAGAACUCGGUAUCGGUCAACCAGUACCCAUCAGGCCCACCUCCCCAGGUGCCUGUUGUCCCGAGCAAUGCUCCACCUCUGAAUCCAAACUCAACACGUCUGCCUGGUAUCGAAAGCUUUGAUCCCAUCCCUCGGCCGACCACUCCUGUCCGCCGUCAACCUAGUCCCAUGAUGAUUGACACUCCAACCCGAGUGCCCAUGACCCCGGCUGAAUCAUACCGAGACGAAAGACGCGGUAGUCAGCACUGGGAGAUGGGCAUGAAUCGCACCAUGAAUCGAUUGGAUAUCGCCCAAAGCAGCCCUUUCGAGACGGCAGGGUCGUGGGCUUCAGAUGCCAAUCGAGCCGUCCAAGCACAGGCUGAACAAGUUCGUGCCCAACACCCUAACCAAGUCCGAUUUGAAGAUUCGUCAUACCCACCCAGAUCUCAACCGAGUGCGUACCAGCACCAGAGUGCCCCACCAGUCACCCCAAGGCACGCGAAGCGCCAGGGAUGGUACCACGGUCCCGUCUCCGUCCAACACCCGCCGCUUGAUCCCCAACUCCAACGGACAUCCCCGGAGGACUCGAGCAGCUCCGAUGGCGUCCCAGGGACUCCAAGCAGUGCCACCACUAUUGGAGAUGUGAAUCCAAGUAUCAUGCAUUCGAACGGCCAUGUGGAGAAUCGACAUGACCCGCAUGUCUACGAUCCGAGGAUCGUCCCGUCGAAUGGUACAAAUGGAUAUACGAAUUAUCAUCCACCUCCGAAUGGCGAGCCGGGAUACACAUAUGGGCACGGUCAGCAUGCUCCACCGGGCCAACCCCAACACCAGGCUCCCAAGGGAACGGAUAGUAACAUGUUGAGACUGGAGGCCCUGGUAGCUGUUGCUACAAGUGAGGAGAAUGUCGCAGCCGCGGCGUACUAA